AAGAAAUACGGUCGUCACCAGGAAGCGAAGUGACGUCACUACUCUGCUAAAAGUGACCCAUCAUCCAAAUGAAAAGAGGACCCCCAGUUUGUUUUGAUGGAGAAGUUGGAAAUUGAGAGGUUCAGCAGUUGAGUGACCAUGGACCCACUGUCCAGCCACAGCUCAUACCUCCUGCAGCAGCUCCAGGAGCAGAGGAUUCAGGGGCUGCUGUGUGACUGCAUGCUGGUGGUCAAAGGUGUCUGCUUUAAAGCCCACAAAAACGUCCUGGCUGCUUUCAGCUCCUAUUUCAGGUCUUUAUUCCAAAAUUCUCCCAGUCAGAAGAAUGAGGUGUUCAACUUGGUUAUCCAGGAUGUUGGUGGCAUUGGGCAAAUAUUGGACUACAUGUACACCUCCCAUCUUGACAUCAACCAAGAUAAUGUUCAAGCACUUCUGGACAUCGCCCAGUGUUUGCAGGUUCCAAAUGUACAGGGCAUGUGUAACACUUUCCUGAAGCCUUGUCCUCCUCCAGUGGAAAUGUCUUCAUUCUCUCUACCAGGCAUGCUGGGCUCUGAGCAGGACUGCCUCUUGGGGAGCGGUCUUCCCAAUGAUGUUGAUCUCCACUGUCCCUCUGACACUCAGAGGGCCGGCUUUGGCAGUGACAUUGAUCACACCAAAAGGAUGUCUGUUUCUGUGCCUAACAGCGGCCCAAACUGUGACACAGCUAGCAACACUCAGGCACCUGUGGAAAAACAGCUUGUCCAUGGUUACAAGCUCCGUAACUUCUACAGUAAGCAGUACUUCAAACAAAGUGCAAUGCAAACUACUAUGGCUGCCUCACAUCAAGGCCCUUUGGUGCUAGUAGAAGAACAGCAGUGUCAGCCUGGUGUUAGCCACACUCCCAUAUACUCAGGAAACCCUUCUCAGCCCAAUCCUCCAUGUACAUCUGUGGUAGUUGAAAAGAAUCCAACCUCCUCUCUUACACCUUCAGAUAAUUUAAAUACCCCAAGCUCUAACUCUGAAGACUCCCUACUCAACAAGCCAGUGCGCCCAAAGAAGGCUGUGUACCUGAAGAAAUACAACUACCUCCGCUCUCAGAAAGCCCUGGAGGAGAUGUUUGCAGAAUCAGUUAGUGAACCCGUUCUCAGCUGCCCAAAAGUGAGUCAUCAAGAAGAGUCUGUGGUCCAGACCGAAGCCUCACAAGAUCCCGUAGAGGAGCGAAAUGAAGCUCGGGAGGAGGUCACAGAGACGGCUACAGAUGCACAACUUCCCAGUCCUCCAACUGUGAACCAAGAGGAGCAAAAUAUGGAGACUGUACCAGAGUCAGCUCAGCAGACAGGGAACAAGCAAUAUUGCUGUGAGGUGUGUGGGAAGAUAUUCAAACACCCAAGCAACCUGGAGCUUCACAAGCGCUCACAUACAGGCGAGAAGCCCUUUCAGUGCAAUGUUUGUGGGAGAAACUUCUCACAGGCUGGAAACUUGCAGACACAUUUGAGGCGACAUUCUGGAGAGAAGCCGUACAUCUGUGAGUUAUGUGGUAAAAGUUUUACAGCAUCAGGGGAUGUCCAUCGUCACAAAGUGGUCCACACAGGAGAAAAGCCCCAUCUGUGUGAUAUCUGUGGUCGAGGAUUUAACAAUCUGAGUAACCUCAAGGAGCACAAGAGGACUCAUGCGACAGACCAGACGUUUACAUGUGACCAGUGUGGAAAAUCGUUCAACACACACCGGAAGCUUCUGAAGCACAAGGCACGCCAUGCUGGGGAAAAACCACACAGCUGCGCAACCUGUGGGAAGUGCUUCAUUGGCUCAGGGGACCUGCAGCGUCACAUACGCUCACACACUGGUGAGAAACCAUACGUCUGUAAUGCCUGUGGAAAGAGCUUCACCCGCUCUGCCAUGUUGAGGAGACACAGCGCCUCACACUGCAAAGGAGCCCCAGCUGACAGCCCAGCUACCGACAACCUUGACCCACCUCGAAGCUCAGACAGAGCGGCUUCGGCCCCCAACCCUGUCAGCCAGAGUAAGCCUACUGCGGCCACAAGAGAGGAGCAUUUCCCAAGCCUGAUGCCACAUUCAGGGUUACAGAAACCCCCGGUUACAACUCCGUCACCGUCACAGUCAGCACCACAUUUGGAGACUCCAUCCCCCAGCAUGCACAUCAGCCCAGCUUCUACCCCAACACCUCUUCCUGAGCUUCGUUCGCUGGUGCCCCACCACCUUCUCUCUUCCAGCCACCAGGAGAGGGGUGCAGCUCUGACUGACGCAGACCACAUGAAGCUUGCAAAACCCCACCUACCUCAGGAGGUGGUGUAUGGGCCGUAUGUGGAGAAUGGGAACAUGUCAGUAGAGGGGGGCAGAGGUGUGGUAGGGAGACCAUACCUGCCUCCCUCAGACAAUCACUACAGUACACUUACCUCUAGUAACAGGCCUAAUAGUGGGUCCUACAGGUCAAGUGAAGGCCAGUUUAUCUCAAGUGUGACUCUGUGGGGCCUGGCGAUGAAAACUCUGCAGAAUGAUAAUGAAAUGGAGCAGUAAAAUGUCCCAGGUUCUGCGCCUCUUCUACAAAGUUGCAAGUUAAGACGAUGUGCACUUUUGUGUUGAUUUGGAUUGUUAUUGCUGGCUUUAAAAGCAUAGGUUGUGGGUUUUUUAAGUGGGGUUGUUAUUGUUGUCGAGGUGCUUGUCAAUAGUAAGUGUAUUACCCUCAGGGGAUGCCAGCCGGCUUGGCUCAGAAAGUGAGAAACUGGAUGUAGUUUCAGCACAGAAGCUAGGCUAACAACUGCUACCCCCUUUAGUGAAUGAGUUUCUUGAAAUAGCAUGAAGUAGCGGUAUAGAUAACCUAGCUUCCGUUCGAGUUCCCUCUCUGGUUUCUCAACAAAGGGGCCGGGCCGACUGGCAUCCCCUGUAGGUAAUACACUAACUACCUCAUACGACCCACUUCAGAAAAAAAAAGUAACCCUUUACGUUUUUUUAAAACUAUGCAUUAAAACAUAGACAUGGUUACUCCUUAGAUGGAACAAAGAUAAAAUUAAAGUGCUUCCUACUCCUCCACAGGUUAAAAUAAAUCACAACUUGACUCUGAGUCAUGAGGGAUGAAAACUGCUGUUACACAACUCUGGAAACUGCAGAUGAUGAUACAGUUUCUCCCCAGGGAACAGCUGGUGGAGAUCGCAUGCCACCACAUAUUAUGGUUUGACAUGGUGAUGGGUGGAUGAAAUCUUGUCCUUGGGAGUACUUUCUAAUUGUGCCAAAAAUGUUGAAGUUUUUGGAGCUUCAAGCAAAGCUAGCACAGUGGCAGCCAGUUGCUUGAAAAACCAUUAGCAGCCCUCCAUAACAGAGGCUGAAGCACAACCACACUUUAAUAAUGUUAAUAGUUUUAUUUUUUAUAGUUUUUAAGUUAAAAAAGGCGUAAGAAGCCUGUGUAUAUUUUUAUUAGAUCUGUAAAUUAUUUGUUUGAAAUGCUGUAGAAAAUGGGAUCUUGUUGUGCAAUAAGCUGCAGCACAAAACUUUUAUUUAUUUAACAGACUUUCUUUCUAAUCUAAUCUGUAUUAAAUACUUGAUUCUGAUUGGUCAAGAGGUUAUGAAUUUUGCCCCCCCCCAACAUUAUAUCUUCAUGAUGAGAUCUCCUGGAAUCAUUCAAGUCUUUGUCUAUGAGAUCAGUCAAAUGUCACUUCCAAGUGUUCCAACAUCCUAAAAUAUGAAGCCAACGCAGAAGUGCUAAAAACCUGCUGUACAUCGAGCGUCUGCUUGAGGCUGGCUGCAAAAGCACCGGAAGCCACAUACACACCCAUUCUAAAGAGCUGUUUUUUCCUGCAAAAUAAACCUGUUUAAAGCCUGGUUCA